GGAAUGGAAUCAUGCAAUGGCAGACGGACACUCACAAUCUGUAAAGGAGAAUUCAAGCGAACAGAGACGGGGCCAAGUCAUUGGUGCAAGCUCGCAAUUCCGGAGAAGUUUCAUCCAGAGAGUUUCGCUACUGGGAAAGCUGCCCACAAGUUUUGUCCUCCAUCGUGGAAAAAACCAUAAAGUUGCUGCUCUACUUGGGAUUGACCAAGAAGACAUGAAAUCUCUUCCUGAGGGAGACCUAGAAGAUGACCUUCUCAAUAAGAUGGACCUGAGGCGCCAGCAGGUCUCCCAGACAGUGGAAGAGGUACAAAAGGUCAUCCACCGUCUGACAGUAGACAUCAGCUACCAGGAUGCUCGAUUCCAAGCUGUGCCUGCUUCUGACACUUACAAUGGGAACAUCAAGGUUUUAGCCCCCAGCCAGUUCCUUAUCACAGUUCCACUGAACGGCCUGGCUGGGUACAGGGAGGCCCGGGCCCAGCGCUGGCGUUACUAUACCCUGCAGGGCACUAAGCUCUCCUGUCCCUUGAGGGACCCUGAGGGUCUGCAGCAGUGGCUGGAGGCAGAGCAGUUCAUGAAGAUCCUGUGGCAGUGGCAUGAGGCAGAUGUGAACAUUGAGGGUGACAUUGUGCCUGCCAAGGUCCUCCAAGUGUUCCAGAAACUGGUGGAAAAUGCAGUCAGAACCUGUCAACUCUCAGGCAAGGUCAGCGUGCUAGAAAACCGUGCUGCUGUUUGGGUUGCCAUGGAAACGUCCACAGGCCAAGUGGAACUAGAACUGGCCCCCACUGUGGAGAUCCCCACCGCCUGGUCUGAGAAAGCCCAUUGGCCUCGGUGUCUGAAGCGCUGGCCUUCCCCAGAGAGAGUGGAGUGCAUCAAGUCAUUUGGGUUCAACUUGGUGGCCCGGUCCAACUACCACUGGCAGCUGAGCUUCUCCCAGGCAGAACAGGUACUGUUCGAGCAGCUGGAUGAGGAUGGGGGCUGCCGCAGGCAGUGUUUUGAAGUCAUGAGGCAGCUGAAGGAGGACAUGUGGUGUCCUGGGAGGAGGCCGGUCCUCACCUCCCAUCAUCUGCAGACGGUGCUCUUCUGGACUUGUGAGAAGUAUCCUCACCUCAAAGACUGGCAGGUCUUCCGCCAGUCGCUCCUGCGCCUGGUCCGGAAGCUGCACAAGUGUGUGAGCCAACACUUCCUCAAACACUACUUUGUCCCAAAGAGCAACCUCCUUCAGUCAGCCAACCCCAGCGAGCUGGACGCAGUGGCUCAGAAACUGGCCUUCUUCCUAAAGAACCCGCAGGUCACCGUGCCCUGAGGCAGGCCCUUUGUACGUUCCUUCUGGCUUGACCUUGUUCGCCAGGUGGUUCCUGUGUCAGGUGCCAGAAUCCCAU